GAGUAUGGUAACAAUCUGGCAGGAAAUUGAUCAUUAUAUGUUGAAUAUCCUAAAGCACAACCACCCCACUAGUGCUAAUGUCAGGCCCCUUUUUGCCUUUACGUUUAGUAUAUAAACAAGGGGGUGCUGAUCUAUGCAAUUCAUAUUAGUCAGUGAUCAGUGUCAGCAAGAAUGACGAUGGGUUUCAAGGUUAGAGCUCUGCUUGUGACAGUGCUGAUGCUUCUGAUUUUGGAAACAGAGGCUGGUGGAGAAUGUGGAAGGACCCCUAUUGGGUCUGCAGCUGCUAGUCUAAGCCCAUGCUUGGGUGCCACUCGCAAUGUGAAGGCAAAGGUUCCACCAGCUUGUUGUGCUAGAGUUGUUGCUUUGCUCAGUACUGCUCCAAGAUGCCUUUGUGCUGUUCUGUUGUCACCUCUUGCAAAGCAGGCCAAUAUUAAUCCUGCCACUGCUAUCACUAUUCCAAAGAGAUGCAACAUCAGGAACCGACCUGCAGGAAAGAAAUGUGGAAGAUACACCCUUCCUUGAAAUCAAAACAAGAGAGUAAUAUGCAGUAUUUACCAGAUUAGGGAGCUAAAUAAUUGCCGUCAAAUGGCAUCUUCUACUGGGAGAGUGACCUGUUUAGGCUGUGGCAUUCUGUAUUGCUGAGUGUAUUGUUGUUGCCCAGUUGGAUGUCUUGCUCGUUAUUAUAAAUAUAAUGAU